AUGGUGGGUGACCUCAUUGAUUAUGAUGCCAUGUGCUGGAAUGUUGAGGCUGUUGGAGCAAAUUUUGGGGUGGAGGAUUGCAACAAAAUUCUGAACAUUCCCCUGCCUAAUAUUGCAGUUUAUGACAGGAGAUUUUGGUGGCCAACAUCUGAUGGGCUGUUUACAGUCGUUCGACCUAUUGGCUUGGUAGAUUGGGGUGCACGAAUGCAUGGAAUCUAUACUAUGGCACGGAGGGGAAUGACAUUUGGAAGAGAGACUGUGAUUCAUUCCAUCUUCUACUGCAAAUAUGCGAUUGCUAUAUGGCAGCAAAGUGAGUUCAGGAACCUUAUUGAUGAAGCUCCAACUGAUUCCUUUAGGGAAAUGUUAAUGUGGGUGGCUAGCAAAUUGGACAAAGUACAGCUUUUACUCUUCUCAUGUUUAGCGUGGGCUGCGUGGUCUUGUAGAAAUAAGGCGGUUUUCGAAAAUGUAAGAGACUUGAACAGCGUUUGGGUUGCAUCAGGGUAUGUGCGAAUGUGUGAGGAUUAUGGCACUUAUAAUGCUAAGGUUGGUGGAAGGGUUGUUGUUGCUGAUAUACCCUCGCGUGCAAGCUGGAGUGCUCCUAGGCGUGGCUGUGUGAAGGUUAAUUUCGAUGCCUAUGUUCCUGAUAAUGGGACAGUGAGGUUAGGGGUUGUGGUGAGGGAUGACUCGGGGUCUUUGCUACUGGUCGCUGUACGAAAUACAGGCUGUGUGUGGCCAUCUGAAAUGGCAGAAGCUGCGACAGCCCGUUAUGGGAUUGAAAUUGCAAGACGAAUGGGAUACGAGAAGGUGGUAUUAGAAGGGGAUGCAAUCAAUGUUGUCAGGGCUAUCAAGACCAAGCAGGAGGGAGCAGCUACUAUCUUUCUCCUUUAUGAUGAUAUUCAUAGAAUGUCAAGCUUUUUCUCCUAUUUUGCUUGUAAUCACAUUAGAAGGGCGGGAAAUACAGUGGCACAUUAUGCCGCUAGAUGGGAUCCGGGUAGUUCUAAUGAACGUGUUUGUAUGAGUUUAUUCCCCCAAAGCUUUCAAACUUUGGCGGACCUUGAUCUUUAA